GUGAUCAGCACAGUUCGUUAACAGUCCUAGUCGAUUCUAGGAGGUUUCAACUAAAAUUCCGAUCGUGCAACAGCUAACCUAUAUUCCCGAGUGUUAGAGUGUUUCAUUUAAAAUAAAUAGUGUGUCGCGUGUUGUGUCCUUGCCGUUACAUUUUUCUUCCUUUUUUUUUUUGACAUUUUAACAAAAAUCCUAAAAAACUAUCAAAAUGAGACCUUUCAUAAUUCUAGCUGCUUUCUUGGUCUCAACAUGCUCAGCAUCCAUCUACGGUGCCCUCUCAACUCAAUACCAUACUCAAGAUAAAUUAGGACAAUACUCAUAUGGCUACGCAGAUCCCAACUCACAAAAGAACGAAGUCCGUCUUCAUGAUGGUGUGACACGUGGUUCAUAUUCAUAUGUCGAUGCCAAUGGUCAUGUACAAUCUGUGUCAUAUGUUGCUGAUCCUCACAAUGGUUUCAAUGCUGUCGGUACAAAUUUCCCCCAAGGACCAGCACCCGGACCAGUUGCACAUGCAGUAGCAGCUCCAUUAGCUUAUGCCCAUGCUCCCGUCGCGCUCCACAAUGGUGUCCCAAUUGAUACUCCCGAAGUGCAAUUAGCUAAAGCUGAACAUUUUGCUGCUCAUGCUGCUGCACGUUCUGGUCAUCAUUUAUACAAACGAUCUCUUUAUGGAGGACCAUGGGCCUAUGCUCCACAACACGUGCCAGUUAUUGUUAAUGGUGUUCCCGUAGAAACAGCUGAAGUUCAACAUGCCAAGGCUGCCCAUUUUGCUGCUCACGCUGAAGCUCGUGGUCAUUCUCCAUCAAAUGGUGCUCCAAUUGAUACACCUGAAGUUCAACACGCUAAAGCUGCUCACUUUGCUGCUCAUAGUGCAGCCCGCGCUGGAAUUCCCGUCGUGCCACAAUCUUACCACGUGCCAAUUAUCCAUAAUGGAGUGCCUGUAGACACACCCGAAGUGCAACACGCUAGGGCUGCCCAUUAUGCUGCUUUAUCGGAAGCAUCUGCCCGUGCUGGCCCAGGACCAUCAGGCCCACACUAUGCACCAAGUUACAACCAUGGACCAAUUCACAUUCCUGUGAUUCACAAUGGAGUACCUGUUGACACACCAGAAGUACAACAUGCUAGAGCUGCUCAUCUUAAUGCUUUGGCUGCUGCCAGUCACGGAAGUGGGCCCGCUGGUUAUGGCGAAGAUGACGGACAAUAUCGUGAACACUACAGCCAAUGGUAAUCGACUUACAACAACAAUCAAUCACCUAAUACUCAUCCAACACCACUGCCACCAGCAGGAGAGGACCUUCAUAAAUAAAAUGGGUCUUGCCUGGAAGUUAGAUUUAUCCCCUCUUAUAUACUCCUUACUUCUCCCCCUUCUCUGGUCUGUAAUCAAUAAUUUCCCAUCAAUCAUUAUCACACUCAAUCAUUUACGAUAUGAUGACUUAUCAAAAAAAAAAAAAAAACCUGAGCAUUUUGACUUCUGUAUGAAUGCAAACGGUAUCGAAUUUAAUUAUUAUUAAUAAUCUUAGUCAAAUCAGGCUACAAACACACACACACAAUCACAAUGUACAUACAAAUAAUUAUAUAUACAAAUGUAAACGUUUUUUAUUACUAUACAAAGCAAAUGAAAUAAAAAGAAUCAUAAAAAAUAAUUA